AUGCUCGGCAGUGCUCCGGGGCUUUCCGGUCGGUGGGAGAGGCUCGAGCCGCGGCCGCGCGCUAGGAUGCUGCGCCAGGUGUUGCACGCGGGCCUGAGGACCUCCUUCCACGCGCUGGGCCGGUUCGUGGCGAGCCACCCGGUGUUCUUCGCCUCGGCGCCCGUGCUCCUCUCCAUCCUGCUGGGGGCCAGCUUCAGCCGGUACCGCGUGGAGGAGGACGUGGAGAGCCUGCUCGCGCCCAAGCACAGCCUGGCCAAGAUAGAGGGCAACCUGGUGGACAGCCUGUUCCCCGUGAACCGCUCCAAGCACGCGCUCUACUCCGACCUGCAGACCCCGGGCCGCUACGGGCGCGUGAUCGUCACCACCCGAAAGGGGAGCGUGCUGGACCCGGUUCAUCUGGACACCAUACUGAAGCUCCACAGGCGGAUCUACCAGAUGCAGGUGACCGUCCCGGCAACAGGCUUCAACAGCUUCAACUACUCCUUCUCCUACCUCUGUCUCCCCGACGACAAGAACAUCUGCAUCAUCGAUGACAUCAUCCGUGCCAUGGAGGAGAUCCAGUCAGCUCGCACCUCUAACCGCUCGGCCCCGAUCCUGCGGUAUCCCAUCACCCAGCUGGUGGACGGACGGCAGGCGUACAUCGGCCACCAGCUUGGUGGCGUGCAGGGCUGGGGCCCCAGCGGAGCUGUGCGUGGUCCGGGGACAGGAGCCAAGGGAGAAGGUGUACGUUCAGCCAGGGCACUGCAGCUCACCUACUACCUCCAAGCCCGCGGCGGCCUGAUGGACCGGGUGGCCAGCCAGUGGGAAAAGGCCUUCUGUGCUGAGCUACAGCACUUUGCGGCCUUGCACCCAAAGUUGGGGCUGUACCCUUCCACUUCCUCUUCUCUGAGGACGGACUUCCAGUUCUCUUCGAUACUGGCACGCCGCCCCCUGUUGGCCAGCUUGGGGGUGUGCAGUGUGCUGGCUGUCCUCUGCUGCUCUAUGAGGGACUGUGUGAGGUCUAAACCCUGGUUGGGACUGCUGGCUCUGCUGUCCAUCACACUGUCAGGCCUCACUGCUGCUGGAAUACUCAACCUGACCGGGGCCACCUACAACUCUACGUACCUGGGCAUCCCUUUCGUCAUGCUUGGUCACGGGCUCUUCGGUUCCUUCGAGAUGCUGUCAUCAUGGCGGCGAACCCGGGAGGACCAGCAUGUGAAGGAGCGUGUGGCGAGCGUCUUCGAGGACGUCAUGCUGCGUUUCUCCGGCUCCACCAUGCUCCACCUGAUGACCCUGGGCCUGGCCGCCUCGCCGCUGACCAACAUGGAGGCCGUCCGGCUCUUCUGCCGCACUGCCGCCUUGGCUGUCACCAUCAGCUAUGUUUACAUGGUGACCCAGGGCUCAGACCCCAGUGCAUUGGUUGCCAUGGAUACAGCGACAGUAUUGUACACCCGGGCCCAGCAGCGUUACUUCAGCUCGUACUCGCCUGUCAUUGGAUUUUACAUCUAUGAGAGUGCCCCCUACUGGAAUGUCUCUGUGCAGCGGGACCUGCUGGAAUACGCCAAGGGCUUCCAGCGAAUCAGCUGGCUGGAAGCUUACCUGAACUACCUGUCAGAUCGCAACCAGUCCACCAGCCAACCGCGGGAAAACUUCACCCGGACGCUCCGCCACGCCUUCCUCCGUGAGCCGCAGUUCGCCCAUUUUGCAGACGACAUCAUAUUUGCGGAGCGAGGUCAGGGCGAGGAGCCCGAUGUGGCUGCGUCCCGAAUCUUCCUGGUGGCCAAGACGACGGAGAACAAACGCGAGGAGAUGUCAGUGCUGCUGGACACGCUGCGACGCCUGUCACUGACCUCACGCGUCCGCUUCCUAAUCUUCAACCCCUCCUUCGUCUACCUGGACCGCUACGCUGCAGCGGUCAGCUCCCCCCUCAGACACUCACUGCUGGCGGUGCUCUUCCUGUUGGGUUUGUCCUCGCUGGCCGUCGUUGAGCCGCUGGUCUCUGUAUGGCUAGGCCUCACCCUGCUCUCCGUCCAGUUCGGGGUGCUGGGCUUCAUGACCUUGUGGGGUGUGGAGCUGGACUGCAUGUCUGUGUUGUGUCUGAUCUCAGCCUUGGGGCACUCAGCAGACUGCAGCGGCCCCCUCCUCUGUGGUUUCGCCUCGGGUCGGGGUGACAGCAGGACUCGCUGGGUGAGAGUGGCGCUGGAGAGGCACGGGGUUCCCUCUCUACAGACGCUCAUCUGCUACAGCGCCGCUCUGGUGCCUGUUGGCUCUGUACGCUCCAACCUCACGCGCACACUGUUUCGCUGCCUCACCCUAACGGCCGGCUGCUCGGCCCUGCACACGCUUGCGUUCCUGCCCACCCUCCUCACCUUCCUGCCUCCCUCCAAGAGCCGGGGACACCGGCCCGAAGGAGAGGGCCAGAGACAGGAAGUGGAGUGUGUUGAAAUGAACGACAGCACCCGAGUGGUCGACCAGAUCACCACUGUCUGAGCAUGGGAUGAUGUUGUGUUUUUUUUUUUUUUUUUUGGCUCCCCUGGUUGCCAUGGUGACUGCCGGCUGGGAAUUGGUUCAUUGAAGUCUGAGCAGCCGCUAUGCAUGCUGCAGACAAGAAUGCUGAUCCUUGUGAAGAGGGGAAGAAACGAAUAGUGUCACUGAGAUAAAGAUAGGAAGAAAAAACAGAGGUUGAUGGUUCAAGAGGAAACAAGUGAAGGAGAGUGGGAGGCGAGUGAAGACAAGAAGAGAGAAAGAUGGGUUUCAAUGCAGCGUAUCCAUGGUUACCUGCUUGUUGCUAGUGCUGUGUGGCAUGUGAAUGAGCUAUUUCCCAAACAGCCAAUUGGAAGUCGAGGAUCAGCCGUUACCACAGAGGAAGUGCCACAUUUUUCACCUCUACAAAAAACUUGCUUUAGAUCUGAUCACGUUGUUUGGCUACUGCUAUCUGUUCGCCAUACCAAGUUGCACAAAUACAGCUACAAUGACAUGAGGCAAUCAUCUGUAUGA